AUGAAAAUAUACACCAAGACCGGCGACCUGGGGGAGUCCAGCCUGUUCAAUGGUGCGCGCAAGAGAAAAGACGACCGGGUUUUCAACGCGCUGGGAGACGUCGACGAACUCAACUCGGCCGUCGGCGUGGCGAGAGAGUUUUGCGAGGAAGUGAAGGGAGGGGAGGGUGUUGCCAGCCAGCUAGAGACAGUGCAGACAUACCUCCUGGACGUUGGCUCUGCUUGCGCCACUCCAAUAACCAGUUCGACUCCAGAAAAACUGCGGCGCGUUCAAUUCGACUCGGAGCUGGUGCAAAUACUGGAGGAAUGGAUCGACAGCAUGGAUGAGGAACUUCCGACUCUGUCACAGUUUAUCUUGCCGUCAGGUGGGAAGGCAGCUUCGUUUCUUCAUUUGGCUCGCGCGGUCUGUCGCCGUGCUGAGCGUAGUGUUGUACCACUAAUCGACAGCUCUGAUGUGGAGGACUCAGUGGGCAAGUUCUUGAAUCGCCUCAGUGACUACCUGUUCACUGCCGCAAGAUGGAUGGCAAUGAAGUCAGGACAUCCUGAAAAGGUGUACAAAAAGUCGAAACUCGCCACUGGCUGA